UUACCUUCUAUUUUUAUUUAUUUAAUUAAUUGUUUUAUUACUUGCAUUUGCAUUUAUUUAUCUCGACGUAUCUUUAUACAUCUAAAAAAUGGAAUCCACAAAUCACUACGUCCAAGCCUCUAUCCUCCUUAUUUAUUUUCUUCUUGGCGUUAUUCUUGCUUCCCCGGACGAUUCUGCAGAUGGUUCAACGCUGUCGGCGCAAAAGCACACAGACAGGGUGGAACAAAGUGUAAUGUUUACCUACGUAAAGGCUACUAUAUAUUUAGUUAUCGGCGUAGCAGUUUUCAAGGGAUUUCCAAUUCUCAAAAGCCUGGCAAUUAUUGUAUACAGCGGCAUAUUAAUUACUGGGUACAUGGCAAUGCUGGCAGUGAUUAAGCUGGUCUCUCUGCUGUGGUGGUGGUGGUAUAAUUAGUCUAUAUUAUCGCAUAUAUGCCGUAUGAGAAAGUGGGAGGGGAUUGUCAUUAAAGAAAGGUUGCGCAAAAAUUUAUUUUUUACAACUGAUUUAUCGCUGCUGCAUAGCCAAUUAAAACGAAUACUGUUGGAG